UCAGCUGGAAUCCGCGGAAAUCAUCCACAGGACUAUUUUCCUUUACUUAGCUAGCUAUCCAUCUGUCAACUACUAUCUCUCUUUUCCUUCGUGUUGCGGUCAAAACGCCACACUGGCGAUGUCGGAGUCAUACGAUUUCCUGUUUAAAUUCCUGGUGAUUGGGAAUGCUGGAACCGGCAAGUCCUGUCUGCUGCACCAGUUCAUAGAGAAGAGAUUUAAGGAUGAAUCCAACCACACAAUUGGAGUCGAGUUUGGCUCUAAGAUUAUUAGUGUGGUCAACAAAAUGGUCAAACUGCAGAUUUGGGACACUGCAGGACAAGAAAGGUUCAGGUCCGUGACCAGGAGUUACUACAGAGGAGCAGCAGGAGCUCUGCUAGUCUAUGAUAUCACCAGUCGAGAGACGUACAACGCCCUGACCACGUGGCUGAGCGAUGCCAGGAUGCUGGCCAGUCAGAACAUCGUCAUCAUCCUAUGUGGAAACAAGAAGGACCUGGAUGCAGACAGAGAGGUCACGUUCCUGGAGGCUUCACGCUUCGCUCAGGAGAACGAGCUGAUGUUUCUGGAGACCAGCGCUCUAACAGGGGAAAACGUCGAAGAGGCCUUUGUCCAGUGCGCUCGGAAAAUCCUUAACAAGAUAGAGUCAGGGGAGCUGGAUCCAGAGAGGAUGGGGUCAGGAAUCCAGUACGGCGACGCUGCGUUACGACAGCUUCGUUCUCCUCGUCGCGCUCAGCCUCAGGGCACCCAGGAGUGUGGCUGCUAGUGGACGCGCCCAGUAACACACUCAGAAAAGGCCAGUGUGUCUGUACUGUGUGUGCAUGAAAUUAGGUAUUUUUUUUCAGAUUUAUGAUAUUUAUCCAGAGCUUAUUAGCUGGUUGUGGUGACUUGACAUUCAGCUCACUGCUCUCAGCACUGUGUGUUUCUGCUGCACACAGCCACUCCUUGCCUUCACUUACACCUAUGUGAUAAUGUCUCUUGUGAUCAGUGUGUUUCAGACGGGUUUUUGAAGACCAGGAGAAGAACAGCCACAGGGGACCCAGGGUUCAGGUUGUUAUGCUGGUGAUUCCUCUCUGACCUUUGACCUUUUGCUUUGUUGUCAUGGCUGCACCUCCCAGCCACAUCCCCCUCAGUGGUAACAAGAGACCGCCCCCCCAUCCAACAUACUGCUCUACUAUUGGACCAAUCUUUCCCCAACCCUCCAAUCAGGACGUGAAUUACUGACUAUCUGCCCUCACACCUGCUUACCUCCAAAUCUAAGUUUAAGUGUUCUCCCUUAACACUAAUCCCAUCGACAUUCAAUCUGGAGUACUUAAGGGGAAGUUUACAUUUUGGGAAGUUUAUUUGUUUAUUUUUAACAAACAAUAUACAACGCGAUUGAGGACAGUGUGUAGGAUUUAAGGGGAUUAAUGGCAUACAAGGAAUAUAAUAUUAUUUUUAGGUGAAACAACUUUCCAGUACAAACACUUAAACAGCCCCUAUGUCUAAAACUUGUAAAAAAAUCACUGAUGGCCAAAUCCAGGGUUAUUUCCGUGCUGCUGUUCAUACAGAAGAGUUAUUUUAUACCAAUUCGUAUAACCUUUAUCAUGCGCCACUGAACCACUUUUAUAUGAAUCAGUAGGGCCCUGCCUCAAAAGAUGUUACUAUUUCUCAUAAUACAUCCAUGUUUUACAGUGGCACAGAUCCGACAAACCCAACAUUGGCUCGAAGGAGGUGUUUUACUUGAAAGUGGCAACUUAAAUUGUUUUGCGAGUAUGCACCUGAAGGCCUCUGUAGUCUCUUUUACAUACUAGUAAAAAUGGGGAGGAGAGGUGAACAUUUCUCACCACAAUAUCGCACUAAAUCCUACACACUGCUCCUUUUAAGGGAAUCUCCUUUCUUUGUGCAUUCAAGUUAAACAACCAAUAAAUACCAUGUACAUUGCUCAGCUUCAGAUUGAUAUUUGAUGCAUAGACAUGAGUUAUGGAUUUGAUCAUCUAACUGUUGCCAAGAAAACCGUUGUUAAACUAUUCCUUUAACCACGUAAAUAUAUAUAUUUAAAAUCCUUCCCUACUUAAUUUCUCCCUCUCCACCCAGCUGCUCUGAUUGCCUUCCUGCUCACACUUUUUAAACCCACCACUAACAGUGUACUGUUUCUGCCUGUACAUUUUGCACUCCCUGUGUUCCUACACACUCUCUCUCCUGUACAGUGCCCCGGGCGAUGCAGCUGCCGAAUGACACUUCAUCCCACUACCUUACCCACUGUUUACAUCCCAUCUGUCUCUCUGAUACCUCCUCACACCUCUUCCCCCACCCCCCGACUGCAUCUUGUACACUGUACAGUGUUUCUGUAUAUAGAGACUGACGCAUGUUUUCUCCAACAGAAUAUCAGAGUAUUUGAUUAUGAAGAGAAAUUAUAUGUAUAUUAAAGUAGAUAUCAUAUCUAGCAUCUGUUUAAUGCUCCACUGUCUUAUUAACAUGUAAAGCUACAUACACUGGCAACUAGUAAGCAGUAUAGCUGGGCAGUACUGUUUGGAGAAUAUGUUUAUUUGUGAAUGGGACAAGCUCAUGUGAGUUAUGUUAAGUACUAACAGUUUUAUUAUCAUUCAAGCUCACAGAUAAAGAAAGAAAAUUCUGAUCAUACAAUUGGCUUUUAUGGCAGAUUUAUGUAAUUUUUACACGUCAUCUUUUGAAUUUACUAUGGCACACUCAGAGGUGUUACACACUCCUUUACCCAAACGUUUGAAAUAAUGACUGAACUCUCUCUUUUAAAAAUGAUGCCUGUUUAAAUAAAUAUCUCUCUUACUGCUGCCAGCUGUUAGGAAAUACGAACUGAAUGCAUUUCAAGUUUUAGCAAUGGUAUAAAACUGCCUGAUGUGUGUUUGAUUUUUAUUUGUCUCCAAAGAUUCUUAAUGUUAAGUUCAGCCACAUUAAACUCAACAAAAGUCUUAAUUUGAAUAUCUAGAUUUAAAAAGGUGUGUUUUGCAUUGGUCUGUUCAAGCAUUACAACAUUUUUUCUUUGUAUUUUUUUACAUUUUUGCCCCUUGACAAUUAUGCAUUUCAUUUUUUAAAUCAAUCACUCUUCAAACUGUAGAAAUAUUUCAUGUUAGAGUUCAUCUGAUUGUGACUUUGGAUUUUCCACGUCACGUUGCCGUCUUGUGUUUAUCACAUUAGGUCCUUUGUUUAUUUAUGGACGUCUGUUUUUCUUGUGUCAUUAUUAAUAUCAUGGAUUUUUUA